GGAGAACACCUAUAAAAUACGCGCACGCACUCGCAAUCACCGAUUUAUUUUUGGUGCCAGUGUUUUGAGUGGAAUUUGUGUUGUGGUUUUUGGUAUAUCAUUGAACAAGAAUGUUAAAAGAAACUGUCGUUGUUGGUGUUUGUAUGGUAUUUGCCUAUGUCUGGUCAAAACCCACAUUGAAACCUACUGUUCUACACAGAGCCAAGAGGUGGGAGGAAUUUGCAAACCUGACAUUCACCUUUGACUGCAGUGAUCGAGCUGUGGGUUUCUAUGCUGAUCAGGAACACCACUGCCAGAUCUUCCACAUGUGUGAUGAAGAUGGACGUCGCAUACCUUACGUAUGCGCCAACGAUACCUCCUUCAACCAGCAGUACCGUGUCUGUGACUGGGAGUAUAAUUUUGACUGUGCAGAUGCUCAAAACUGGUACUAUUUGAACGAGUUGACUUACGUGACAGACCCUCCGAAACCAAAGUCUCCACCUUCAAGCCAGUACAGAACAUAGAACUUCAAAACAAUAUCAUUAUAUAUUUUUAAUAUUAGCACCAUUGAAAAAAUAAUGUGCUUCUGUUUUAGUUCAUGUUAUAUUUUGGCCUUGUUGACAAUUUUCCUAUGAUAGUUAAAAUUGUCGAUUUUAGGAAGUUACAUGGAAAAUGAAUUAUAUAUACAGCAAGGUCGAUUUAGUUUCAUUAUUGUGUACAUAAGACUACAAGGAUGGAUUAAAUGUAGUUGAUGUAAUACUAUAUGAAUGUAACAAAAAAUUAUGAACAUUUCUUAUUGCUUUGUAUAAGCCAAAUAAACAUAUUCAUUUCUGUUUGGUUUAUUGGAUAUGUUUUAAUAAAGUCACCAAAGAAUUAGGUUUGUUGCAAAUAUUCCAUACAUAACAUACCAGGACGCACAAGGAUAUGUUGAUCAAGUUUCAAUUUUUAACUCAUAUUUUAUCAGUUUACAGAUAAGUGUAUAGCCUUGACUUUGCAAAAUUAUGCUUCUAUAAUUUUCCUACACAACUAAGUAUUGCUCCAAAAUACUUUACCUUAAAAACUCUAUGUCACUGCAGUAAAAGCAUUUUUUAGAUCAUAGUUCAUUACUGAUUAUUGACUAAAAACUGUUGCAAUGUCAUCAUUCUCACAUCACACGCGGUGCUGAGUUUUUUAAAAUAAUAACUUAACAGUUUUUUAAUGAUAGUUGUUCUGCAGUUAGCAUUUCAUGUUGUCUCUCAUUGUGUAUCAUCAACCAAACACAACCAAUAAUUAUUUAUCGAUAAUUAAUUAAUUAUUAAUUGUUGCUAGAAAACACAUUAGAAAUUAAAUUAAAUAAUUUACAGACAGUUACAGGAAACUAACUAUACUUAUAGCUAACCAUCCUUUUGAUAGUAAACAAUGUUUUUUUAGUUCCUAGAUUGUUCAUUAACCAGUUGUGAAAUCUUACACUACUGGGAGUCAAUCAACUAUAUUGAACCUACUGAUAGUUUCCUCUUCUGUAUGGAAGCAGGAUGUUCGUUCUAAUAUGAAUUAAAUUAUAUAAUUCAUGUUUAAUCCAUCCUUGUACUACUCUAAUAUCUUUGUUCGGCUCUCUUGCUUUAUAUCAUAUUGUCAAAAGUGUAAUUUCAAAAGUUUAACAUUAGUGAGUUAACUAGAAUUUUGUUAUGUAUUAUUAGUAGUUAAUGUUUCUUCUUCUUUAGUAUAGUACAAAGUUUAGUCUGAAAGGUAGUCUGUUUUGCUUUAAUUUGUUGAUUUUUUUUGGCAAAUUAUUUUGUAUGUACAAUGGUAUUUUAAUUUUGACUUUGCAGAACUGUCUUCGGGGCUGUUUACCAGUUAUUGUACCUGUUCCAUUACCAGUACAAUUUUAAAGGAAAUGGAGAAAAAAGUACCUAUACAAAUCCAUGAGGCACUUUAUAUUUGAAACAUACCAUCAGAUUAAACUCCAGAAACCUGUAUUUUAUAUGUGAUCCCUCCAGUAUGAUAUAGGAUUUACAAAGACUGGCUGCAGUGAAGGUAUUUUAACACACAAGGAUGGAUAUAUUUUGGCAUCCCAUUUUACAGCUUUUUUAUGCAUGCAGUUAUAACAUUAAAAAGAAACAUGCUACAAAAUAGUUCAGCAUCCCGGUCAUCAAUUUUGACGAUUCUAGGCCCUUGAAUUCAAAAUCUCUUGAAUUUGACGUAGCAUAACAUGCCAAAGAAAAUACAUAGAACAGAAGAUUUCUUAAGGAGAGAUGAUGAAGGAUCUUCAAUACCAGAUCACAUACUUUCAGAAAUGAUGGUCAAUUUGUACCUGUUGAAUAACUUUUCAUGAAACGUGUUGGUCUGCAAAUAUUAUAUCACAAAUUUGUUAUAAAUAGUAAAAAUAAACUUCUCAAUUAUUCUUGAUGAUGCAGCAGUAGGAAUUGAUCUGAUAUUAUAAUUCUGAAGCACUUUUUUGGAAUCAGUCCUGUUUUGUUUUUCUGUAAAAGCAUGCCCCACCAAACCAUUUGAAUUGGACUAUGAGAUAAAUUCAGGUGAAUGAUAUUAGAUACAUCUAAGGUGAUAAAAUCAGAACUACCUUUCUUUCUGCAGACUGAGCAUCUCUUUAGAUUCUUUAGGCAAAUUGAACCUCAUCAAUUAUUAAUAGAGGUAUGUCCACAUUUGGUAGGGUGCAUGUUUAGAUAGGAUCUUCCAUUGUGGGUGUCUUACACAACUACUUGACAAUGGACAGAAAGAAAUUACAAUACUCACCAAACUUCCGAGGUAGGUCUUUAAAAUGAAUGACAACUAUAUCAUCAACAAUAGUUACAGCUGAGAAGAGGGAAAUUAAACCAAUUUGUAUAUUUCUGGUGAGUUAACUGGGGUUUAGGUCACUUUCAACACUUCCUGGAGUGUUCUUUACAGCAUCCUCAUACAGUGAUCUAAUUGUAAUUUCAGAGGGUUUGAUAAGAAGACGUGAAGUUGACUUGUUUGUGUCACUCGUCCCAGUCAUACUCCAUAAAAUUUGCAUUAAUAAAUACAGGUAUCCUGAGUUAUAUUUCCUUAAAGCGAUUCAAGAUAAAUAUAGAAAGCAUGAGAAUAAAAUCUAAGCUAAAAUAAUUACAAGAAAAAAACGUUCUCAUAUGACAAACGCUCACUAAAAUCAAGGGGAAACAUUUAGAGCAAUUUUCUAAAAUAAAGUAAGUUUUCAAUGGCAGCAUGCAGAACAUAACUACAGCUAGUGUUAUGUUGGUUCGCUCUAUCAAUAAAUAAUUUAUCUGGAAUAAAGGCUGAGAUGUGAUCAGAUAACAGCCGAGUUUCGGAUAGAGUGAUAAUGUUGAAGCAAGUAUCACUCAAUGAAAAAAUUAUUGACUGAACAGGGAAAAUUCCGUUACUUGUUUACUUAUUCUAAAGCCUCCCUUUAUCAAAUUUGUAGAUCUCAUGGAACAUAUUUUCCUGAAUGUACUCAAUAGAUCUUGCUUUCUAACAGUUGAUCCUACUGUCAAUCACAAUUUUGGAAGUACUGUAUCUCUUCAAAUUCUUUCAAGAUUCCUCCUCAUGUGUUCCUAGAUGUUUAUGAAUAGGACAGUUAAAACCAUAGAAGCUAUUGAAAAUAAUUUAGUAUUAGCUUUCUAUUAUUUGCUACUUAAAGAAAAUUAAUACAUGUUGAAUUAAAAGAAUAUUCCUUAAGUUAUAUUUAAUUACGCAUGUAAUUUGUAUGAAUUUGUGCAAACUAUUUAUAUUCUUAAGACUAGAAGAAAACCCUAUAUUUUAAAUUAUAAAAUACAAAAUUACAGCUAUGCUUCUUAUAUAUAAUGUUCCUAAAUAUAUUUGAGAAUGAUUAAGAUUACAAAGACCUGUUUACUGAGAAUGUAUUGAUGUGUAUAAUCGAUACUGUACUAUUUUAAUAACACAUCAUCGUUUUGAAUUGCCCAACCCAACUGAAAUACAACCACGCUUAAUUUAUAAUAUACAGUACUUGGUGUUUUGGUACUUACAGGAUUAUGUAACUACUAUUCUAUUUUUGAAAUACUUAAUAACUAGCAACAGGGAUGGAGUAAAGUUAUUAUAUAUGUAACCAAGGUUGAAACCGAUUUACUUUGCACUAGUACAUUCAUACGAGUAUAUUAGUUAUGGAAUUAGUACCUACGGCACAACUUCAAAAAAAUCUUGAUAGGAUCCCAAAAUUAUUAAAGAAGGCGAUCAGGGUAAUAUUUAGUUUAAAGUGGAAAGAAGCUGUGAAACACCUAUAUUCUGAGCUAAAAAUAUUUAGAGUAUACAAUCUUUACAUAUUUGAAACAGUAAAAUAUUCUAAAUGUAACGGGAAGCCCAAUCCAAUUCUGUAAACCAUGAAUACGAUACCAGGAAUAGGUUAAUCUUUAAGGAUCAUAAUUUGGAGUUAUAUAAAAUGAAAACAACCCAUAAGGGUUUUAUUUCUUUGUAUUUUGUUCCCUCUGACAAUAAAACAUAAAAGUGAAAUACUAAAAACAAUACUUAAUUCAGCAUACUUUUUUUCAUUAGAAGAAUUGUUAGACGGCUAGAGCAAAAUUCAGUAUGAAACAUGAGCUAAUUUUAUAUUUCCAACUGCAAAUAUUAUUUACAUUUUAAAUUUAAAAACUGAUCAUUGUAACUUGAAGUUUUAUUCCUUUUAAUUAAAAACAUGUGUUAACCAUAAAAUGUAGAAUAAGCUUGUUUGAACUGUAUUACUUUGGGCCAAUACAACUAUAUUCAAUUUGUAUAUUUUUAUGUAUACAUUAAUGAAUAAAGAUGUAUGAAUUUUAAUAUUUCAGGACGCUAGACAAAAGUCAUGGAUGGGGUUUCUUUAAAAGUUUUAAAGAGUUCAGUAUUUUUAUGAUAGUAUUAUAAUGCGUGGGAGAUAAAAAAAUAACUUAAGAAAAAUAUUUUAAAGUAUCAGAAUAAAAAUUUGUGGUUAAACUGUGACAAAUUAAACUAUGAAAAAAAUUGGAAUAUUUACAACCUGUGAUUGAUGAGAACAAAAAUCUCAAAUGUGAAAAGAAUAUAAAACUGUUAGAGAUACAAGGACACCUCCGAAUAGAAACAAACUGUGAUCAUUCUAAGGUCUUGUGAACUACAACACCCAGUUUAUUAAGAAUCUAGCUGCACUUCUCAAUUAUUAAAAGGGAUACAAUUAACGUAAAUGAGCAACAACGUUUUCAAACAAUUCUUUGAUAUUGGUAAAUUAUAUUUCUUUAAGCAAUGACAAGUGAUAAACUUUGUUAUUAAAAACUACAUCUGCCAUUGAUUCUUAAUACUGUUGCAUCCCCAAUCAAACCUAAAGCACAUUGUUUUCUAGAUGGAAGAAAAGAGCAAGAGCUUUUGUUUCUAUGCCACCAAGACUGAACAACAGAAUAGUAAGAUUUAUAAUGAAGUGAUGGAGUCUAAGAAAUUUCUCUCUAUCUUGUUGCAGGCAACUAUUAACCCACAUCAUAGACCAUAAGGUGCUAGUUGCAAUUUCAUUUCUUAUCAAAGCCUUCCUUCUAUGUUAGCAACAUAACUCUUUUAUUAAAAACUAUAAAAACAAAUUUAAACAAAUAUGUAAGCAUAAAGUUGUAGAUUUGCUGUCUAGACUUCUAACAGAAGACAGACAGUGCUGAAGAAGGACAAUAUAAUUAGUAGUUUAAAUUAAAAUUAUCAUAAGCUAUUGUAAAAACAAAUUAUGAAUUAUGUCUACUUUGGACAUGUAGAAAUAUUGAAAAUUAAGUCCUUAACAAGAAAUCAUUACUAUUAGGAAGUUGUGGAUAAAGGCAUUGAUGACUUUAUACCUGCAGACCAUAUUAUGAAAAACAAACCAGUCAAAGAGAUUUGUUAUCCUCAGGGACUGGGCUACAUGUCACCUGUAUAGGUCCUAUAGGUAUGUCACCAUUUUUUUAUGUCCUACAAAUAAUGUUGACCACAGUUUUAACAUAUUGAAAAUCUAUUUUGAGAUCCAAACAACUUUGAUCCACCUUUAACUAUAUAUUUUUGUACAUACCCAGUAUACUGAGUAUAAAAAACUGGGUUUUAUGGAAUAAAAUCUAUGUUGUGUCCGUCAAAACUAAUUUGUUUGAGUAUUGUAUUGUUAUUAAAAUUAUUUAAAACCUCACUCAAUAUGAGGAAGACACAACUAAUGUUCAUUGAGAGAUUGAUUGUAUCCACCUUAUUUUCACUCAUCCUGCCAUAAAGUUAGAUGAGUGCAACAAUACAAUAAGAUUAUAAACUUACAUACAGAUAAUAUUCACGACAAAGGCUUAAAAUCCCAAAUUAAUAAAACCUAAUAUGCCAGUAUUUUCACAAAAUUAGGUUGUUACUGAGUGAAAUUUUUCAAACGAGCAUAUAUUGUACUGAGUGUAUUCUGAAAUUAAUAAAAUUGUUUGUGUUAUAUACGGUUUUACACACCUAAAUUUAUACAAACAUAAAGGUUGUUAUACCAAUAAUGUGAUGUGGGAUGCAAGGACUGUGAUCUAUAAUGGAUUAACACUAGAUACAAAUUAUGAAUUUGCGGAAAUCAAUUAUAAUACCUAAAAAUAAUAUAUUAAGGAUACUAUUCCUUAUUUUUUCAAAAAGCUUAUGUUUUCAUUGUUGUAAUAGAUUUGUUUAUACAGUAAUAUAUACAGUGUUUAUAUUUCUUUGUUGUCUCAGUAAUUAUUCAUAUAAAUGUCUCACAGGUUCCUGAUGUUGCUUGCUAGUCAAUAACCACCCUUUCUGUCUCAGAUUCAGCUAAGGGUUCACAAUCAAGAAAAGAAUUUAAACCUAUUUCAAAAAAUUACAUAAAUAAAGUGGAAAUUUAAUUCUAAAAAUAAUGUUUUAGAGGGGGAUGUUGCAGAGAAAACCUUUCAAAAUAAUGAAAAACUUAAAAGGAUUAAUAAUUGCACGAUCAAGAAAGUUUAAAGUUGAGAACUUAGUGCAAAAGAGCAUAACUUUUCUCUAUUGAUAAACUUGUACAUUGUUAUAUCUUAUUCUUCAAUAAAAAUUCUGUGAAAUUAAGUUUUAAUAUAUUUUGUUUAAGUUUACUUAUAGUCAAAUAGUUUUUACUUCCUCAGCAACUUUUAUAACUAUGUUAAGUUACUUAUAAUUCAAUGAAUUUGCAUGUUAUGAAGAAAACACAAAGCACAAUAUCAUUAUUUCAGGUUACAUUAUCCAACAUGUAUUAUUCAGGAUUGGUUAAUCUAUGCAAUGCAUUAAUUGCUAAUUCAGGAAACAUAUUUUUAAAUUUUAGUUUUUAGGAUUAUUUGGAAUAGUUAAACAAAUAAUUUAGGAUUCAUAAUACUACUGUGUUGGCUAUGUAGUGAAAUGAAGUAAAUUACGUCCAAAUAAAUAAAUAACAAUAUUUGAUGACUUAACAUCAUGUUCCACAAUUAAAGUACACAAAUUUGUAAAAUGGAUUCAUGUACGGUAGUAAACUAGUUAAGACUAAAGUCAGUCAAUUUGAUGUUAGCACUAAAAUAGCAAAUUCCAUUAUGAACCCAUAUUCAAAAGUAUGUAAAAUUGUAUGUAGAUGAUUUAAGUAUUGAUUUACAAUAAAUGUUAAAUGUAAAGAUGUAAGAGUAUAUUGUUGUAAACAUAAAAUUAUUGUUUUGCUGGAUUUAAAUUACAAUGGUACUUGUACAGAAAAUCAUAAAGUAUUAAAGAAUAGAGUCUCAUAAUAGGUUUGUGAAUUGUAUUGUUAAUUAAUUAUAGUAUAGCAUUUUUAUUUUCUUUGAAUAUAAAAACAUCUUUGUGUAAAAAUAAAAACUGUCAAUUGAAAUAAAAAAUAAAAGUUGUGUUAUUCA